AUGCUGCUUCCUAUCCAUUUAUUGACAUACUCCUAUGUUUUUGGUGCGACCUCUUUCCACUCGUUCAUCUCGUCCGUGAGAGCUUUCAAGGUGUUGCCACGUAAGGAGUUUGGUCUUCUGCAGUCCAAGCUGUUUCCUAUCCAUUUCCUGACCCAGUCUGUUGGUCCGAUAGUUGUUGGUCUCACUGCCCCAUACUCGAUUCCAACCACCGGACUUGCCUUGUUGGCCGUUUCUUCCAUAUCGGGAUUUGUCAACUACCUGUGGUUGUUGCCGGUUUGCUCGAGACUCAAGGCUGAACGGUUCGCUUUGGAGGACCUUCCUGAGGCCGAGAGAAGCGAGGAGACUGCCCAGAAAAUUGCCGCAUUGACCAAACAGUUCGGCAAGUACCAUGGAAUUAGUCUGUUCUUCAACUUGAUCAGCGUGCUCACCAUCACCGGAUACUCUUACGUGUUCAGCACGCAAUUGCUGGUCAAGGCUUUGAAAUGA